CUUGUGGCCCUCGAAGCCGCGCAACCACAACACGAGAAUUGGCGAGGAGAGCAGCGAAGCGCGACACCAACACCAGCAAACACGCAGCAGCGGACAAUUAUCAUCAUCCACCUCCCUGAUUCAAGCGAACCUGCGGCAACAAGUAGACGGGGAGUGAUGGGAAGCGCGGGGCCCCUGCUCUCGCACCCGCCACCGCAGCUCCAGCUCGGCAGCGUCCUCCUCCGCCGCAUCCCCCGCCCGCGCGUCCUGCCGCCGCUCCUCCCCUCAGCUGCCGCGGCUCCCGGGCCCCUCCGCGGCCGCCGCCGGCGCCUCCGUUGCUCCACUUUUGACGGGGACGGCGGGCCCCGCGAGCCGGGGUCGCCGCCGCAUAGGGAGGAGUCUCCGUCCAGCGGCAUCGGCGCCGCCCUCGAGGACCCGCCUCCUGGACCCGUGGAAAAUCGUUCCUUAGGAGGCCUCUCACAGGAAGAACAGAGUGCUCUUUAUAAUUUUCUUUAUCCAAGCAAAGAGUUACUUCCUGAUGAUAAGGAGAUGAGUAUAUUUGAUCACCUAGAGGAACUUCGUGAGAGGAUAUUCAUCUCAGUUUUGGCUGUUGGAGCUGCAAUACUUGGCUGUUUUGCUUUCUCCAAAGAUUUGAUUCUGCUUUUAGAGGCGCCAGUUAGUGUUCAGGGCGUUCGUUUUUUGCAGCUCUCCCCUGGGGAAUUUUUCUUUACAACAUUAAAGGUCUCUGGUUAUUGUGGUCUUUUACUUGGAAGUCCUGUCAUUUUGUAUGAGAUCAUAGCAUUUGUUCUCCCAGGUUUAACAAGGGAGGAGAGGAAAUUCCUAGGGCCUAUUGUUUUGGGUUCUUCCAUUCUAUUCUACCUUGGCAUUUUCUUCUCCUACACGGUUCUUAGCCCUGCAGCAUUGAACUUCUUCGUGAACUAUGCAGACGGGGCAGUAGAAUCAUUGUGGUCAAUAGACCAGUACUUUGAAUUCAUACUUAUACUGAUGUUCAGCACAGGAUUAUCCUUUCAGGUCCCUGUUAUCCAGCUACUGCUCGGACAAAUUGGAUUAGUUUCUAGUGAUCAAAUGCUUUCGAUCUGGAGAUAUGUUGUUGUCGGUGCUGUUGUUGCUGCCGCUGUGCUUACACCCUCGACGGAUCCUUUCACACAGAUGCUCUUGGCGGGUCCAUUGCUUGGUUUGUACUUGGGUGGUGCAUGGAUGGUCAAGCUAAUUGGGCGAUAACUGGUCUAUGUAUUUCAGAGAAUCCUUUAUUAAUGAGUGUAGCUGCAGCAUAGACAAGGUGGUUGUUCUCCGGAAAGCACAGUCCCCGCUGUAACAAUUUUGUAUAAAAUGAAUUCGCUCUCUUUGCUCA